CGCUACAUGCAGACUGGUUGUGUUCAAUUGUAGUAGUUAAAACUUGUGACCAAAUUCUUUUUAGUUUUAAUCAUAAUUUAAAAAGGACUGCCGCUUUUCUGGAUCUGUAAAAUGGGUUUCCAUUUUCAUUUUGAUAUUUUGCUCCUCAUUUUACUCUUAACUCUAAUAGCUCCUUUUUGUAUUGCGGCUGAACAAAAAGUGUUGAAAGAUGAAACUGCCAAUGUUGGUGAAAUACGAAUUUUUAAACGCCUUAUUCCUGCUGAUGUUCUGAGAGAUUUUCCGGCGAUGUGCUUUGCUUCCACUCGAUGCGCUACUGUUGAACCAGGGAAGACUUGGGACUUAACUCCGUUCUGCGGUCGUUCUACUUGCGUGCAAAAUGAGGAAAAUGAAACAAAGCUUUUGGAACUAGUAGAAGACUGUGGCCCAUUGCCACUGGCAAACGACAAAUGUAAGUUGGACACUGAGAAGACAAAUAAAACGGCUUCGUUUCCUUACUGCUGCCCCAUCUUCACAUGUGAGCCUGGCGUUGCAUUGGAAUAUCCUGAGGUUGGAAAGGAAAAUGACAAAAAGAAUGUUGAGUGACUUACGAAAAUAAGGCUGGGCUAAUUGAACAUAAAUGUAUCAAAAUACUAUAAGUACAUGUUUUGCUUUAGUCAAAAAAAAACAACCUAAUAAAAACUAUAUUCUUGCACUCCUAAAAAA